AUGUCAUACAUGGCCAAGCUUCCUGUAUCCUGGAAUGAUAAAGGCCCACCUCGGAAAGUGGAAAUUGACCUGAGUUCUCCUGGUUUGGCUGUGUUUGAGCUGGAAAGACUACUGUUUACUGGCAAAGCCAUCAUCAGCCAUGCUGAUGAAGUCUGGCCAAAACUUUACAUCGGAGACCAACAAAGUGCGGAGAACCAGGCUGAUCUCUCCAGGCAUCGUAUCACUCACAUCCUGAAUGCAGCUCACAGUAAAAGACGAGGAGUGCCAGCCAUAUAUGAGGGCAUGAAUAUCACCUACAUGGGCAUAGAGGCUCACGAUUCCUGUGAGUUUGAUAUGAGUGUCAACUUCCAGGCUGCAGCAGACUUCAUUCACAGAGCUCUCAGUGGAGGAGGCAAAGUCCUGGUACAUUGUCAUGUAGGAGUGAGCCGUUCUGCCACCCUGGUCCUGGCCUAUCUGAUGUUGAAGCAGAAGCUGACACUUGUGGAGGCUAUUUGUGCUGUGAAAGACAACAGGGGUGUGAUUCCUAAUCGAGGUUUCCUCCGACAGCUCAUCAGACUGGAUGGGGAACUCUUUGGCUUCCAUCACUGA